AUGAAUUCUCCAUCGACAGAGAUGAACGAAGACACGAUUCUAGAGAUCCUCUCUUAUUGUCCCGCGACGGAGAUUGCAAAAUUCCGACAACUAAACAAAGCAUGCAACAAAAGAAGUUAUGAGUUCUAUUUCACAACUUGUCAUCUUCCAAGAACCAACUCUGUUUUCGGUUAUCUCAUCCAAUGCUCCAAUAGAGAGUUUAAGUAUCGCUCCAGUUUUGUCUCCGGCGUCGAAGAAGAAACUCCUGAAAAAACCAUAAUCUCUCUCGACUUUCUCCCUUCGAAACAUGUAAAGAUCGAAGCUUGCGAUACACGCAAUGGAAUUUUGCUCUGUGUUGAUGAAGAUAAAUAUGAAGGAGGAAGACGAAUACCAGAUUACAUCGUUUGCAAACCAGCUACGAAAGAGUACCGGAUUAUACCUAACCCGAAAACCCGGUAUUUCACUGUUGUAACCGGUUUAAUGGUGAUUCAAUCGGAUCCGUUUCGGUAUAAGAUCGUUAGGGUUUCUGAACCAAUGAAACACGAGAGAAGAAAGAUGAAGGAAGGCUGCUAUAAUCUCAACUGCGAGGUUUUCGAUUCUGAUUCGUUCGCGUGGAAACGAUUGAAUGAUUUGGAACUACCGAGAUACGAGUUUAUCCGAAGAUCUGAUAAACCGGUAUCGUCCUAUGGUUUCUUGCAUUGGUUAACGACAGAGAACAAUGUGAUCCGGUUCUGUAUGCGAACCGAAACCUGGUCUUUCUUCCCGGUUCCAGUCGGUCUAGUAAGCGAUGGGUCUCCUCCUCUAGCUUUAGUGAGAUACGAAGGAAAACUAGGAUUAUUGGUGAGUUCGAGAGGAGGAGAAGAUGACGAUUUAUGGGUAUUAGAGAACAGUUUUGGAAAGUCAUGGAUAAAUGUGAAAGAUGGGAAAAUUACAAGGUCACAAGGUAGUAGAUAUGUUGAACCUAUAUGGUUCGUGAGUAACGACGUCGUAUCCAUGGCGGGUUUUGAUAGGCUCAGUCUAUACAACAUGAAUAGCAACAAGUCUAAACAUUUGCAUAUGAACAAGACUCAAGAUUUCUUCCUUUCAUAUUAUCAUUCGCCCAAAGAUUGUUUUAUCCCUUUCUACUCUAACUACGACACUGUUGGUUUGAGUAAAGAUUCAACAGUUGUGAACAAUCAGGCAAAAGGAAAGAGAGUAAAGCCAAAUAUGCUCAAGAAUAGGAAGAAAAGUGGAAAAUUAUUCUCAUCUAAAUCAUUGUCGUUCCGCAAAAUCCAGUUCUAUAUCUAA